GGCAACAAGAAAAUAAUUGAAAAAGAAAGAAAGAAAAAAUGCAUACUCAAAUCUCCGAUUCCGAGCAGCAGGAACUCAUCGAAAAGCUCGACAUCUUCAAGAUCAAGGGACGAGAUAAACGCGGCCGCACCGUCCUUCGCAUCAUCGGCAAAUUCUUCCCAGCUCGAAUUGUGAGCGUGGAUGCUCUGCGGAAGUAUUUGGAGGAGAGGAUAUUUCCAGAGAUCGAGAAAAAGCCGUUCGUGGUGCUGUACGUGCACACCGGAGCUCAAAGGUGCGAGAACUUUCCCGGGAUCUCAGCCGUCCGAUCAAUCUACGACGCCGUACCGAUCGGCGUCCGCCAGAAUCUCGAAGCCGUGUAUAUCCUCCAUCCCGGCCUCCAGGCCCGGCUCUUCCUCGCCACCUUCGGCCGCUUCUUUUUCACCGGCGGGGUGUAUGGGAAGCUGAGGUACGUGAGCAGGUUGGAUUAUCUGUGGGAGCACGUGAGGAGGAACGAGAUUGAGGUGCCUGAUUUCGUGUACGAUCAUGAUGAGGACUUGGAGCACCGUCCGAUGAUGGACUAUGGAUUGGAGAGCGAUCAUCCGAGGGUGUACGAUGCACCCGCGGUUGAUUCGCCUGUGUCGACGUACUCCAUGAGAUGCAUCUCCUAGGCCCUAGCUUGUCCGUUUAGGGUUAAAAUUACUUGGGAUAUUUUCGAAUGGGCUUCCAUUUUAAGUAGACGGUAAUUGAGAAGUGGUUUUUUUUCGCUUCUCUCUCUGUUACAAUUUAGUAGUUGAUUAGGAUAAAUGUGGUUGUACGUAGUAUAAAUUUAAAAUUUCAAUGUUUGGUAUAUAUUACUUUGGCGGUAGAGUAUUUAUCUGUACACUUACAAUUUCAACCUCCACAUGGGUCCGCUCAAUGUUUAAAAUAUUGAUAUUGUGAAAAUAAAUUUGUGAAAAUAUAGAUGGAUAUAUUGAUAUCGUUA